AUGUGUUUGUUCUUGAGUACCGUGCUAAUCUUAGGUCUUUGUCUCCUAUUUGUUGAAGCCAUAGAACCCACAGUUCACUGUAGAGACCGCAACAAUCACCUUCGACAAGAUGGCGGCCUCUGUUUCGAGAUACCGCCAUGGCAGUACAUGCCUGUUCAACUCGAGCAGCACUUGUCAUCGUUGAAGGAGAGAUGGGGAAACAACACAACGAUAGAGUCUUUGCGGAGAUCCCAAUUAGCCUUUCUUAACAGUGAAAUGUCUCGUUACAUGGACACUGUACUGGCUCCCUUUCUGGAUACUUAUCAUAAAAACAUACAAACAGCAUACCAACAGAUGACUUCAAAGAUUUUGAGAAGAAUUAAGGAAGAAAUAAACUCAGCCGUUCAGAGAAAGGGCAAGAUAUAUACCGAGUUGAUAGAGUUAGCUGAUAAACUGCAAGUACCAGAAAUGUGCGAUGAAGAGCGUCGUUCAGCACGUACGUUAGCCAGUAAACAUGUCUCCCACAUGUACAAGUGUACAGAGGAUGCAAAAUCUUCUAUUGCCAAGAUGGGAAAAUAUGCAGAGGAGAUGAUAGGCAUCACCAGGAAUCACAUGCAGGUGGUUUUGGAUGAUACAACUAAGUCUUUGAGUGUAAACAGUCAAGCCAGAUCUAUGCCAAAAGAAGAAGUAACGCUAAGUUUGAAGGAACUCUCCCGGGCUGCAGUCGCUCUGGGUUACGAGCUGGAUUUAAGCUUGACAAAUGCCCGUCGUCACAAUGAGCAAUCCUGCGAGAGACUUACAGCUUGCAGUUCCAAAGUGCGCAAAAAAACUGAUGAAGACGUUACCGAGUUACGCGAGAAGCUAUAUCAAUGUGUGUACGCUUAA